CCGCCCGUUCCGGCCCCUCCGCCCAGAGAGCCGGGCAGGCUCAGAGGGAUCCAUUGAUGAAAUUGGGAAACAUCAGUUGAGCUACUUUGCUCUCAAGUUCUUUUCAAUCAUCUUCCAUUAUAUUUUUGGUCAAUUCCAACCUCUCUGCAGAUCAGGAGCUUGAGGGUGGCCUCCCAGAUUCUCCUCAGACUUGCCUGUUGUCCUGGGAACCCAUAGGCUGCUGGUCCCUUUGGUCCCUUAAGGUUGGUCACCUCCUCUGGAGAGAUUCAGAGCAAUGUCCUACGUUUUUGUAAAUGACUCCUCCCAGACAAACGUGCCACUGCUGCAGGCUUGUAUUGAUGGAGAUUUUAACUAUUCCAAACGACUGCUAGAGAGCGGUUUCGACCCAAAUAUUCGCGACAGCCGAGGCCGAACUGGCCUUCACCUCGCUGCAGCCAGAGGAAAUGUAGACAUCUGUCAGCUCUUGCACAAAUUUGGUGCUGACCUACUAGCCACUGACUAUCAAGGUAACACAGCUCUUCACCUGUGUGGGCAUGUCGAUACCAUCCAGUUCCUAGUUUCUAAUGGACUUAAAAUUGAUAUUUGCAACCAUCAAGGUGCAACACCACUUGUUCUUGCCAAACGAAGGGGUGUGAAUAAAGAUGUGAUUAGACUGCUGGAAUCCCUAGAGGAGCAAGAGGUGAAAGGGUUUAACAGAGGAGCUCAUUCAAAGCUGGAAACCAUGCAGACCGCUGAAAGUGAAAGUGCAAUGGAAAGCCAUUCCCUCCUUAAUCCAAACCUGCAGCAAGGUGAAGGAGUUUUUUCCAGUUUCCGCACAACGUGGCAAGAGUUUGUGGAAGACCUGGGCUUCUGGAGGGUGCUUCUCCUCAUCAUUGUCAUUGCUCUUCUGUCGCUUGGAAUAGCCUACUAUGUUAGUGGGGUGCUUCCUUUUGUAGAGAACCAGCCUGAACUGGUGCACUGAAGCAAAGGCAGAAGAGUGCACUGUGCUUUUCCCUGUUCUGAUCUUAUUUUGAGCUUCUUGGAAUUAUUCUCCUGGUGCAGACAGUGGCAGCUGUAUAUACUGUUUGCCUUUUUUACUUAGUAUUAACCCCUUUGAAAUAGGGAUUAAUUAAUCUGAAAUAAAACACUAAAUUCUAAAGCAUUCCUAAGCUACCUCUGACUUACCUUGACUUGCAAGCAACAUGUGAAGAUAACCCUCUCUGAUGUAAUAUUAUGCUUAGAAAAGGCCUUUCAUAAUGAGUAUUAAAUUCCUGGGUAUCAAAAAUAUAUCCUAGUACAGAACAAAAUGUUUCUAUUUUCCCUAUGAAGAGAGGAAUGUAUUGUCAGAUCUUUUUUGUAUGAGCUUCAGUUGAAGCACAUAAAAAGAAGAUACUCUUCAGAGAAAUUUUUCAUAGAAUAAAAAGACUCUUUUAAAGGUUCUCCUCAAGAAAUCUCGGUAAUGUAAUAACACAUUCUGAUAUAUAGAUAAUAAUAAGCUGCGACUCCAUAGUUAUUUUAAUGCCUCUCCAUAGUUUUGUAUCUGCUAGUUUAUAAAAAGAAUGAGAAGUAGUUCAAGUUUUACUAUGUCUUUAAUGUAUAGGUCACUCCUUUAUUUAUUAGAUCAGUGUAGUGCAUCUUCCCCAGAUGAAUUUAAUGUUGUUAGUGCCUGCCUGAAGUAAAUUUUGUAGAACCAAGAUGUUUGUUGUGCUUUGGAAGUAAAGUUGUUUCGGCCUUGGGCUGAAAAUUUUGCGUUUUUGUUAAAAUGUUACUAAGCAAACCUUUCUUUGUAAGGGUGAUUAAAAAGUAAUUUGGGUGUU